AUGGCGGCUGUCCAUCGGAUCGAGGUUUGUGGAUGCACCGACUUUUCCAGUCCUGAUCCAACUGCUGCGGAGAAAUUUAGCUGCACAUCGAUAGCUCCAUCGUUGCGGACAUCUCCAUCGAUGCACACUGAUCCACCGUUGUGGACGGCUCCGCUGGUGCAUGCCGAUCAGCCGGAGCACGCUGAAAUCAUCGACCGCCGUGACGGCAACCUAGUCGGAGCGGCACUAUCCCCCGGCGCAAGCAGCCCCGCUGGAGCAAGCAACAACAUUGACUUUCAGACCGCAGGUGCAGGUGACAGGGACAAGAACGGUAAGCCAACAGACUGCGGAUCCGGCGAUGCAGGACGCAUCAAAGAAGACGAGGCCGAAGGUACAGGGAGUACCACAGAAGACAGGAUAACCGUUGAUGCAGGGAGCAUCAAAGGCUGGGAAUCCGCCGGUGCAGGGUGCACCACAGAAGACGAGGCCGCCGAGGAAGACGGGGAAUCCGCCGGUGCAGGGUGCACCACAGAAGACAAGGCUGCCGAAGAAGACAGGGAAUCCGCCGGUGCAGGGUGCACCACAGAAGACGAGGCCGCCGAAGAAGACAGGGAAUCCGCCGGUGCAGGGUGCACCACAGAAGACGAGGCCGCCGAAGAAGACAGGGAAUCCGCCGGUGCAGGGUGCACCACAGAAGACGAGGCCGCCGAAGAAGACGGGGAAUCCGCCGGUGCAGGGUGCACCACAGAAGACAAGGCCGCCGAAGAAGACAGGGAAUCCGCCGGUGCGGGGUGCACCACAGAAGACGAGGCCGCCGAAGAAGACAGGGAAUCCGCCGGUGCAGGGUGCACCACAGAAGACGAGGCCGCCGAAGAAGACGGGGAAUCCGCCGGUGCAGGGUGCACCACAGAAGACAAGGCCGCCGAAGAAGACAGGGAAUCCGCCGGUGCAGGGUGCACCACAGAAGACGAGGCCGCCGAAGAAGACGGGGAAUCCGCCGGUGCAGGGUGCACCACAGAAGACGAGGCCGCCGAAGAAGACGGGGAAUCCGCCGGUGCAGGGUGCACCACAGAAGACGAGGCCGCCGAAGAAGACAGGGAAUCCGCCGGUGCAGGGUGCACCACAGAAGACGAGGCCGCCGAAGAAGACGGGGAAUCCGCCGGUGCAGGGUGCACCACAGAAGACAAGGCCGCCGAAGAAGACAGGGAAUCCGCCGGUGCGGGGUGCACCACAGAAGACGAGGCCGCCGAAGAAGACGGGGAAUCCGCCGGUGCAGGGUGCACCACAGAAGACAAGGCCGCCGAAGAAGACAGGGAAUCCGCCGGUGCGGGGUGCACCACAGAAGACGAGGCCGCCGAAGAAGACAGGGAAUCCGCCGGUGCAGGGUGCACCACAGAAGACGAGGCCGCCGAAGAAGACGGGGAAUCCGCCGGUGCAGGGUGCACCACAGAAGACAAGGCCGCCGAAGAAGACAGGGAAUCCGCCGGUGCAGGGUGCACCACAGAAGACGAGGCCGCCUUAGACGACAACAGUGCGUGGACAGACACCAUGGAAGACAACGGGUGA